AACCGACUUCAAAUAUGGCCAAAUUCACCAAACCAAAGUUUUUGACGUCCUCGUCUCCAGCCCCUACCCCGCCACUCUUUUCCCUUAUUUUGGAUAAAAAAGAGGUUGGCCUGGGUAAGAGAAUCACUCGCCUUUCGAAAUUGAAACUCCUUUGGACCUGAUUGAAUUGUUUUUACGUGCCUUUCGCUUUCGUUUCGGGUAAUAAUGGCUGUGUCGAGACAUUGUGUCGACGAAGAGGAACUGAACCUCGUGUUUAAGUGUCUUGGGGAACGAGGAAGAGAAGCAGAGUUGGUUAAAGAGUACGACGAAAAAUGUCUCAGCUUUCUUUUAGCGAAGCUUACGGAGGCCUCGACUAAAUUUACCGAAAAAAAACUUGUAGUCCGACCCUAUGGCAGUGCAGCGGAAGAUUUGAAGUGCUUAUCGCCAGAAAAUUAUGGAGAUAUAGACAUUAUGGUAUUCCCAACCACAGACAGCUUGAUCAUUCACGAAGACAUGCUCGAAUAUUUACCAGAAAACCCCCUCUAUGUAAGGAUCAGAGCAAGCGACCAUUCCGUGUUUCAGUCGUGCCUUGUAGAAGGUACAGAAUACCUGGCCACUUCAGCGCUGAAGAACUUCGAUCCUGCGAUUUAUGGGAGCAAAUCGUCCGAAUGGUUCGAUUAUUUGAAAUAUAGCUCAAACAUAGUCUCCUCCGAUGAUCGUUCGCCCUCUCUUCAGUUCGUCUACGGUUGGAAGAACAACGAAGUAGGCCCGGCGUUUACGAUUGAUUCCAAGCAGUGGUUUGGAACGACCCUCCAACAACUGCAAAACAUGACUAAGUCAAAGAGGGGGUGUAGCUGUGAAUUGGCUGAUUGGGAAGGGCUGGUUAGUUCGAUUUUCAAUGCAAAUGGAAUUGAUUACACACGAGAACACGCUUCUGUUAUUGAAGAUUUACUUCGCUGUGUGGGUGAAUCACAGGCUUCACUGAUUGAAAGUGGCCCAGAUGGAUUUAUCCGUGGACUACCCAUCCUCUUUCAAGAAUUUAUAUCAAGCGAUGAGAUGCAAAGCUUCAUAACCCGAGUCAAAGCUAUUGAAAGUCGAAAACAAAACGAAAGUGAAAGUCGGGCGGAAGCGAUCUGUCACGAGGAGACCGGUGUCACGCAACAAAAGCGUCACACUAACGAAGUUGAAAGAAGUUCAGAACCUGCCCAUUUUGGCCCCGGUGUAACGGCACAAAAUCGUAGCGACGCUCAGACGCCUGGCAAUCAAGACUUGGAGUCCACCUCUUCUGAUGAGAUUGACAAUACACGAAUCCCAGACGAGUCAGUGACUGAACAACAAAACGACAGGGAAGGUGCGCGAGAAACAAUCGAAAACACCUCAAAACAAGAUGGCGGAGCGGUUCAAAAGGAAUCCAUACCAGAAUUGAAGAACUCCGGUGAAAAAGAAGGACCGACCUCAAAAGGUGCAGCAGGAAGUGACAGAGCCAAACAUGAGGUGGAAUCUGGAGAAAGAGAGAAAUUUCAUCUCAAACGAUGGCUCAACCAUUUGAUUGGGGAAGAAAGUGGAAACAAGGAGCAUCGUAUCGAAGAGAAAGACUCUAUCACACGUAAGAGGGGAAUUGAUCUCGUGCCUGCUUUAAGAUCCCGAGGAUGGCCGAAGGCUUCACGAGACUGGCUCGAAAGAGAGCGGAAAUGGCCUUCCGUCGAAUUGGUGACUAAGAUCAAAGACGAAGGAUACCACCUAGUUGUCAAAUCUCCAAGGUACAGUGAAAUUCCCGAGAGCGACUUCAGAAUCUCAUUUUCUCAUGCAGAGUACCUGCUAAGCCAAGAAAUCAACGACAUCCAACGCGAGUGUUACCGUUGUCUGAAGAAAUUGCACCGUGCUUUUCUUUCCAGUCCAGCAGGUUUGGUGUCCUUCCAUCUCAAGAACCUCUUUUUGCAAACAAUAGAGGAGACUGGUGCCGACAUGUGGACCGAGGACAAAAGAACCGAGUGUAUGAUGAAGCUCCUCGAAAACCUGCUAAAAGCUUUAAAAGAUAAAGACUUGCGACAUUUCUUCGCGAGAUCAUACAACCUUUUUGGUGUUGAUUACUUUGAGAAUCCCGAAAAUCUGGCAUCUCUGGCCGAGGUGGUGAAGAAUAUCAUGAAAAGUCCGGUUGAGUUUUGCAAAGCACUGAUCCAGAAAAAUGAAGAUGAUACGAAGCAACUUAAAAAGAAUGAACCACAACAAGACAGCGAGCGAGCGGUACCUGGAAGAGCAGCUGAACCAGGAAGCGUCAAUGACAACCAAGGAAACAAAGAAAUUACGACAGAUACUGUGUUGCGCAGCCCUAAACAAUGUAGCAACCUACUUCCAAAUUAUAGAGACCAUGACAUGCAAGAUAUGUACCUCCAAGUCGCCAAAGAGUUGGUGGAAACAGCUUUAAACGGAAAUGAAAUUCAUGAUCCUCUUGAAAGAUCCCUGGUAAAAGGUUUCAAAGAAAUGAUACAAAGCCAUAAUCUUCAGACUGAGCAUUUCCUUCAAAUGUUGAGAAGCGGCUGGUCCAAUGCUUAUAUCAGGAUCUGCCUCAGUACCGAGCUGGAAAUGAGGCGCCGAAUGCUUGAUGCAAUCCGCGGUGAUGUCGAAACGUGGAAGUACUGUUUGAAGCAGGAAGACUUAGCGUCAGGGAAUGAAGAAGCCAUAGCCAACCGAAUGCUGGAUCCAUCCAAUGAGGAUCGUUUUGACCUAAGCAACAUAGUUCCAGCUGGUGGCCUUGGACAGUACCUGCGCAUGUUCCUCAAUGGUCUUGACAACAGGCCACCUCAACCAGCGCAAGUGCAGACGAUCCAGGCUGUGGAUGAUAUACCUUUAGACUGAACUGAACCAUCAGCAGCGUUUUGCUUCUUCAUAACUGAGAAAUUUGAUUUAAGGUUUUUUUUCUGAAUGAGUGUUUUUCUAAGUGCAAGAUGAUGUUAUUCCGUGAAUGACACAGGCAUACUCGGGGAGAACAAGCUUCGAAUGCUCCCAACAGGAGUCAGUCUUACCAUCUUCCGAUUCAUACUUAGAACGCUCUAUUGCAACUGAGCUUUAGGAGACUCAUGGCUGAUGUUGUUUUAUUGCAUAGUUUAUCGCAAUUAAUGGUAUGGGCGGUUUGAGUGUGUUCUGCAUGGGAGUAGUUCUUCUCGCUCCUUUUUUUCAUCGCUUGCAUUUGAACUGGUUGCAAUUGUUAUUAACUUGAUUGCAUAUUGGUUUAUUCUAUGUCGGCAUAUUAUAUAUCUAUCAAAAACUACACCAACAAACUGAUCAAUGAAAUUAGAGAAAUGGCUUUUUGGUAUAACCAGGCAAACUCACACAUUCACACAAGGAAAAGAAGAGACAAAGAACCAAAAUACAGAAAGUGAUCGCAUUGGAAUAAAAGACUAAAUUACCUAAAUUUUAUCACCCAAUUUCAUUUGCAAUUUUUUCUCUCUCUUUCUUUUAUGAAAACAUCAUCUACGCUUAAAAGCUACAAAUUUGUGAAGGGAAGAACUGUUUAUAUCUGUUGGGGUUCUUCACGUGAAGAAAAGCGCUCUAAAAACAGCGGACUAGUAGAGUGUGAAGUAACUAAACUUUAAGUUUCAAAAUGACUAGCUAGAAGUAUUGAGACGAUUACACAAAUAUACAAACACUUGUAGUAAGAAAGUGAAAAAAACUGGCUGUCAAAUAUAAGUAUAUAUAGAGCUGUUUCGAGGAAGAUUUUCGGUAAAAUGGACAAAAGUGCACGCGAUAAUCUCGGAUAGAAAUAUGGCUAUUAGGUAAUUAAUGAGGUUGAAUGAGUAAACCGUAAUGUGAAAAUUACCAUUAAUACCUCUCGGGUGUGUCUCGUGCACUUUAACGCUUUUUUCCUUCAACCUUUCUCAAAACAGCUGUUUAUUAGUAACAAAUAAUUAAAUAUGAUAAUGUAUAUUGUCAUCUUGAGGGUCUCAAAAGGAAUAAUAUAUAAAUGUUCUUUGAUAAUGUUAGGGUUUAUAUGUAACUGUUAAAAAAAACUUAAAUAAGAAAAUUAUGAUCGCGUCGCUAAUGCAAUUAAAUAAACG